UUGUAAUUUGUGUGCUGUGCUUCCACCUCUCUUCUACCUGUCCGAUACUGCUGCCACUUUCAGAAGACUUCAGCAAUUGCAGCACUGGUGAGACGGGUAAAAAGAAAUAAUGGUACAGAAUGGAGAUAAUCUGCAGAUUUGAAAACAAACUGCUGCUGGAGAUUUUGCUUUUCUUUUGGGUCUUUUCGAUGGAGGAAUAUUAAGGAGAUGGCAGUGCAAUAAGCAGGGUUGCGGAAGCAAUAACAUUGCAGGAUUAUUGACCAACUGUUGAUUCUAAACAGUCAGCGAGAGGAAGUCUUCCUGUGGGCUUUUUUUCUCUUCAGAUUGUACAUUGAAAAUGGGAACCAACCAGUGAGUGAUCGUAACGGAGAUGUCGACUCAACAGUCUCAAUAAAACAUUUUCAGAUGACUGACGACGGAGAGAAUAAUAUCCAGCCAAUUUAAAAUUAAAAUUAUUUUCAAUGAGUGACCACAAGAAGAGCAACUUCCUGUCCAUCGGCCCAGUGUCUUCGGCCCGGAUGUAUUCAGCUGCUGUGUCCACUGUUGACAUGCCUGGACCUCCAGCCAAAGGAGCUUUUUCCAUCAAUGACAAGGAGGUGGCUGAAUCCAAAUCAUCCUAUGUGCUGGAUGAGUUCUUCUGGAUUGGAAGCAGCAUUGUAGCCUUCUCAAAGUGGAGGCUUGGCUACAUCGUGGAGAAAUGUAUGAGUUCCAUGCAGAUGGGUACCCAGAUGGUGAAGCUCCGUGGCAGCUCCAAGGGACUGGUGAGGUUCUUCUAUCUAGACGAACACAAGUCCUGCAUCCGCUGGAGACCGUCACGCAAGAAUGAAAAGGCCAAGAUCUCUAUAGAUUCCAUUCGGGAAGUGUGUGAGGGGAAGCAGUCUGAGAUCUUCCAACGUUAUGCUGAGGGCAGCUUUGACCCCAACUGUUGCUUCACCUUGUACUACGGAGAGCACAUGGAGUCCCUGGAUCUUGUGUCUGGUACCGGUGAAGAAGCACGAACCUGGAUCACAGGCCUCAAAUACCUAAUGGCUGGCAUCAGUGACGAGGACAGCCUGGCCAAGAGGCAGCGCACUCGAGACCAAUGGCUAAAACAGACCUUCACAGAGGCAGACAAGAAUGGCGAUGGGAGCCUAAGCAUCAGUGAGGUCCUCCAACUCCUGCAUAAACUCAACGUCAACCUACCCCGACAGAAGGUUAAAAAGAUGUUCAAGGAGGCCGACACGGAUGACAACCAAGGAACUCUGGGAUUUGAAGAGUUUUGUGCCUUCUACAAGAUGAUGUCGACUCGCCGAGAUCUGUACCUCCUCAUGCUCACCUACAGCAACCACAAAGACCACCUCGAUGCAGAUGACCUGACCCGCUUCUUAGAGAUAGAGCAGAAGAUGACCAAAGUGAGCAAGGACCAUUGUCUGGAGAUAAUCAACAAAUUUGAGCCGUGUUCAGAGAACCAGAAGCAAGGGGUUUUGGGAAUUGAUGGGUUCACAAAUUACAUGCGCAGCCCUGCAGGGGAUAUCUUCAACCCAGAUCACUACAACGUUAACCAGGACAUGAGCCAGCCGCUGUGCAACUACUUCAUCGCUUCCUCACACAACACCUACCUGAUGGGAGACCAGCUCAUGUCCCAGUCCAGAGUGGACAUGUAUGCCUGGGUGCUGCAGGCUGGCUGCCGCUGUGUGGAGGUGGACUGCUGGGAUGGUCAGGAUGGCGAGCCCAUUGUUCAUCAUGGCUACACUCUCACCUCCAAGAUCCUCUUCAAAGACGUUAUUGAAACCAUCAACAAAUAUGCCUUUGUCAAGAAUGAUUUCCCAGUCAUCCUGUCCAUAGAGAACCACUGCAGUGUCCCUCAACAAAAAAAGAUGGCCCAGUACCUCAUUGAUAUUCUGGGGGACAAACUCAAUGUUUCCAACAUCAAAGCAAAAGAGUCUGGAUGGCUACCCUCUCCAGAAAACCUUAAGGGAAAGAUCCUUGUUAAAGGUAAAAAAUUACCUCCAAACAUUGAUGAAAACGCAGAGGAGGGCGAUGUGUCAGAUGAAGACAGUGCAGAUGAGAUGGAGGAUGACUGCAAGCUGAUGAAUGGGGAUCAGAUGUCUGCCAGGAAGCAAGUGGAGAACAUAGCUAAGAAAAAGUUGGAUAACCUGAUGAAAGAGUCGAAGAUUCGAGACAGAGAAGACCCAGACAGUUUUACAAUCGCGGCACUUCCACCCGCUGGGCAUUUAGAUGAAACUGGCUCGAAGGCUAAAGGGCAGGAUGGAUCAGUCACGUCGGACGAGGCCAACACCAGCAGCAAUAAGCGCACCGGCCACUCGUUCAUUGGGAGCUUCUCAAAACGCAAGAAAAAAAUAAAUAAGAUGAAGAAGACCUCAAGCUUGGAAGACACAGAUACGGACCAAGAAAGUUCCAGCAGUGCAUCACGAGCACCCCUACAUCACAACAAAAAGAAGAAAACCAUGAAGUUAUCCAGAGCCCUGUCUGACCUGGUCAAAUACACAUGCUCUGUGGGCCUGUAUGAUGUUGAAGCGCAAGCUAAUUGCAGCUGGCAGGUUUCAUCCCUGAGUGAAACCAAAGCCCAUCAGGUCAUGCAGCAGAAAGCCAGCUCCUUCAACCACUUUAACCAGCGACAACUCUCACGCAUCUACCCCUCUUCCUAUCGUGUGGACUCUUCAAACUUCAACCCUCAGCCCUUCUGGAAUGCAGGCUGCCAACUUGUUGCACUCAACUACCAGUCUGAGGGUCGGGUACUUCAGCUCAACAGAGCCAAGUUCUAUAGCAAUGGCAACUGUGGUUUCAUCCUCAAACCCAGAUGCAUGUGUGAAGGUGCCUUUAACCCCAAUUUGGAGGAUCCACUGCCAGGUCAGAUGAAGAAACAACUGGUGCUGAAGAUCAUCAGUGGACAGCAGCUGCCCAAACCCAAAGACUCUAUGCUGGGGGACAGAGGAGAGAUCAUUGAUCCCUUUGUGGAAGUGGAGAUCAUUGGCCUUCCAGUGGACUGCUCCAAGGAGCAAACUCGAGUGGUGGAUGAUAACGGUUUCAACCCGAUGUGGGAGGAAACUCUGGUGUUUACAGUCCACAUGCCAGAGCUGACACUUAUUCGUUUCCUCGUGUGGGACCACGACCCCAUUGGUCAAGACUUCAUUGGGCAGCGUACCAUCGCCUUCAACAGCAUGAUGCCAGGUUAUCGCCAUGUGUACUUAGAAGGUAUGGAGGAGGCUUCCAUCUUUGUUCAUGUAGCUGUACAUGACAUCGCUGGUAAGGCCAAAGCAGUCAGCGGCAUAAAAGGCCUGUUUCACAGAAAUCCAAAGCAGGCCUCCCUAGACAGCCAUGCUGCUGCACAGCACAGCCGUAAGCAGCCGUUUGGUGCCCACCUCCUGCGGCGCACUGCGAGCGCACCGACCAAAGGCCAGCCCAAAGUCAAGAAGGGCCUUCCUGAGAUCACUAUUAACACCAAAGACUGCAACUCGGAGGGCACAAGUGAGGACCGAGAGUCUGAGGACAAGGCCUCUGCUUCCUCCUCUCACCAGCCAACACCACCACAACUCCGAAAUGGCGAUUCACUGGCAUCCGGCCAAGCCAAGGGCCAGUGGGAACACCCUGACACCAAUGGGACUUUUCACACUGAGGGUAAAGUCUGUUCCACAGUGCAGAGCCCAACUUCUCCACUUCCAUUUCCUCCACUAAAUGUUGGGAAUACUGAGAAGACACAUUUCAUCUGCUCUGCCACCAUUCCUGAGGACAGCUUUUCUUCACAGCAUUCCUCAUCAUUGCUGCGGUCAUCUUCCACUUCAAUGAAUGCAGAAUCCCAUGGGACACUUAAUUCAAAUCGAUUUCCCAGCAUUCGUAGUACAGUGAAUAUAGAAAACCAAAAACUCAAAACACUUACUCGAACAAUGUCUCUCCCAGUGACGACACCUGCUGAACAAAGUAUCCAGAUGGAGUGCACCCAAGGUCCCCAAACAGUCACAAGUACUCUGUUGUCCUUGGAGCACACCAAAAGCCAGAGGGAAAACCUUCAAGCUCUGACAGACAAGGCAAACAAUGUUGCAGUGGUGAAAUCUGAGCCCAAAUUAGAAUCUUCUGCUGCAGCAGUACCUGCUGAAACUCCUGCAGGUGCAUCUAAACCAGCCCAGGCUGGCAGAGCAAUCAGCAAUCCGUCAUCAUGCACACCAGUAAGAAGAACAAAAAGCGAGGGCCAUGUUCCCACGAGGGCCCAAUCGAUAGUACCAGAAGUAUGCACAGAUGCUACUAUAAACGACCGUCUUUGGAGCAAGCUGGAGACUGAUAGCCAUCGAGACAGCAUGUCCUCGUCCUCCAGCAUCUCUUCUAGUGACACUGUCAUUGACUCAUCCCUAACCAACCUGGCCAGGAAGAGUCUUGCCAAAACAAGCCUCCGUUGCGAGCCCUACUGUGGCACUUGCCACCAUUCAGCACUCAUCUCCUUUGAUGGCCCGCAUGUCAACAGAAGCAAGUCGAACCCUAAUCUUCCGCAGAGUGAGGAUUCCAAAGAUGGGUUCACGGCCCCCCAUCUGCAGCACCGCCUUGUAUCUCCAGUUGACCUGACUAACAGACUUACUCGAAGAAGGCAUACCUGGAGCCGGCUCUUCAUGGAAGGGCUCAAGCAGUCAUCAUCCAGGACUUCAUCAGCCGCUCCAACCUCAACGCCCGUGUCCCUCUCCAAAAGCCUUGGUGAUCUCACAUCGGAUGAUAUUUCCUGUAACUUCAACAGCAAGUACCGCAGCAUCAGUCGGAGCGUCAUCAUUGGAUCAAACAGCGACCAUCUUCGAAAGGGCAGACUGGCAAAAGCCCGACCAGACAGUGACCUGACAGAGCAGCUCCGGAAGCUGACUGAUGUGGAGCCCCUUAAGGCGAGUGAUUUUGCCACUGAAAACAGACCUAGUGAAUAUCAAGAAGAAUCUGUUGAUGAGCCACAAUCAAUUCGGAGGUCAUCUUCCAGGAGCCAAAGCAGGGUGCGUUACAUUGCAAAUCGGGCUAAGAAGGCCCUUGAAAGGCAAAGGCUCCAGAGCUUGACUCAAGUCAAUAAAAGCUUUGACCAUACUGAUAACAUCAAUAGAAGCACUGCUUGCCCCAUUGAGGAGAGGGGAAAUCCUGAAGGGGCAUGUUGCAUCUCAAGGAGUCCCUGUGCCAGCCCAAACACAGUCGGUCUGGCCCCGUUGUUCGACUCCCCUUUUUCAAGACAGUUCCCUACCUCCCCAGAGACUGAAAACAGUGAAGUACUUUUCAAGCUUCGACUUUAGUAACUGGGUACCUUGAAAUCAACAUGCCGUUUCACACACUUUCUCAAAAGGUUUCAAGAAGAGUUCUUUUAUAUAUUUUACUUCAGAAAAGGUAGCAUAGCCCAAGAAAAUAUCUGAGAAAUCUGGGUUCAGAGACAUUGUCCGAACAUAUGGAAGUACAUUUCUCAAAGCAACGAAUAAGAGAGCCCGGCCAAUCAGCACCAAAUGAUGAAUAUAUUGUAUUUAGUGAAAAUGGUAUGUUAGGAGGAAAAACAUCCAGUAGCAAUCUGUAGAGGCCAUCUCUUCCAAUCUUUAAACCCAGAAAUGUAUAAUCUGAACUUUAGAAACACAAUGGUAAGAUUCUUAUCCGCAUUCUUAUUUGUAGCCCAUCCAUCAAGCAAUAUUGUAAGAGCAAUGGCAUUGCUAUCGUGAAACAUUAUGUGCAGUUUUACGCUAAACGAUGAGCUAAUGUCUUAACUGCUGAGCAAAUGAACUAUGUUCAUAUAUUUACAGCGCAAGAUACAAGUUUCUAUUUAUACAAUAGUUUGUGUAGUGCUUUGAUGUAAUGCGACCAAGCUGCCAAUUUUCUGCUAAUGAUUUUGAUCUGUAGCAUGUCACAGCACUGAGAGAAUGACUCCUUUUUAGCCUCUUUUAAUUGACUGCAUGUGUUGUGUGCACUCUUUUAUCCCAUGCCUGAGCUUUAUUUUACCAAGAUUUUUUGUAUUAAGAUGUUUAAUGUCCCAAACAUUUUGUAGGACACUUUAUUGGUGUUCCCAAGAGAAUCACAUUGUAAUUUGUUCUGCGUAGUCCAUGCUACUAAAACAAAGCACGUUUAUUUGUUGGCCUGCUACACUGUUUGUACUGACAUGCCCGUUAUUUGUGCAAACAUUUUGGGAACCAUCUUUAAAUCCAACAAUGUGUGAUUAAAUUAAUAAAUUCCAA